AUGCUGGGAAUUGAUGAAGAUGUCGAGGAUUCACAACGGUACUGUGACAAUCCUGAGUUCGAGAAAGAUGUCGAGCAGCUGUUGGGUAAUUUAUUUGAGAUGAAUGGACAUCUCAGCACCCUGCAACAGUUCAUCAGGACGCUGCAGAAGAACCAGGAACAAGGCAACGUGAAAUCCAAAAUGGUUCUCAACCUCGAUAAAAAGUCUGUGUAUCACAUUGAUGAAAUUACCAAGCUCGUGAAAGUGAUCAACUCGCUAGUUCAAAAGAUUAGCGCAAUCGAGGAGACUGAUUUGGACAGGUCUCAAGUUAUCUCAAGGGAUAAGAUAAUCCGUGACGUAAGGUACUCGGUGCAGGAAUUCCAGGAUGCUCGUAAAGAGUUCACAACCACGUCGAAAGCCAUGAACGAGGAAGCUAAAGUGGCCUUGCACCAGGAGGAGGAAGCGUGGAAGACAAAAUGUAGCGAUCAAAACCAAAAUACCCAGCAUACUCAACAUCAGCAACAACGGGUUGUGAUAGAACGUGAGGCCAUCAACAACGAGGAGUUUACAUACCAACAAAACCUCAUACAGCAGCGAGAACAGGAGAUUUCUCACAUUGAAAGUGGCAUCAGUGAACUCAAUCAGAUAUUCCACGAUCUUGGAAGCAUCGUGCAGCAACAAGGUCAUCUCGUUGACAACAUCGAGAGUAAUAUCUACUCGGUGGCCAACAGCGCUCAAUCGGGGGCUCGAGAACUCACAAAAGCUAUGCAUUAUCAAUCAGGGUCUAAUAGACGGUGUCUAAUAAUGUUAGCUGUGGUGGUCUUUUUCCUGGUGAUGUUUAUUUUAAUUGUUUUUAGCUAG